AUGUUUAAAUUUAUUAUAGUAAAAGGGGGACUGGCAUUUUUUAUUGAAUUUUCUUUUUUAAGGAAAAAGUCUUACUAUGAGUUUCUGUUGAAUCAAAAUUAUAUACUUAAGUCUUAUUAUUUAUUUAAAAAUUAUUCGUCUUUUAGUGAGAAAAAUGUUAAAAAUUUUCGUAUUUUUGAUGAGGAUGUGAAAAAAAAACAAAGAUUGAGAGCUGUUGUUGAUAAAAUUGAAAAUAGGAAAGUAGAUUAUUUAAAAGAUGAAGUUGCGACUCGUUUGGUAGAAAGGCUUAUGUUUAUUAGAAAAAAAUUUAAAACUGUUCUUGAUUUGGGGUCUGGAUCUGGACAUAUUGUUUCAUGUCUUUUUAAGACAAAGAAUAAAUAUGAAUACAGUUUUUUAGAGAAAAUAGAGCGGAUGAUUAUGGCUGAUAUUUCUGAUGAAAUUCUUAAUAGAGAUGAUUUUUCUGAAAUUCCAGGUUUUUUAUUAGAAAAAGUAUGUAUAGAUAAAGAAAUUCCUUCAUUCCCUGAAAAUAGUAUGGAUGUUGUUAUAACCAAUCUUUAUAUGCAUUGGAUUAAUAAUCUCCCUGGUUUUCUUAAGCAGAUAUGGCGUAUACUAGUACCAGAUGGUGUUUUUUUAGGUUCUAUGGUUGGAGGAGAUAGUUUAUUUGAAUUAAGAACAUCUAUUCAGCUUGCUGAACAAGAAAGAAAAGGCGGCAUUGGUACAAGAGUAUCUCCAAUGACUGAUGUUCAAAAUAUAGGCAGUUUACUAAAUGAAGCUGAAUUCAAAUUGAUUACGAUUGACGUUGAAGAUAUUAUUAUUGAUUAUCCUGAUAUGAUUUCUCUUAUGAAGGAUUUGCAGAAAAUGGGUGAAAAUAACGCUAUAAUAACUCGCCCUCAUGUUAUUUCUCGAGAUGUUCUGUUUGCUGCUGAAGCAAUAUAUAAAGAACUUUAUGGAAAUAGUAAUGGUACGCUUCCUUGUACUUUUUGUAUAAUUUAUAUGAUUGCAUGGAAACCAUCACUUAAUCAGCCUUUGCCAUUGGAAAGAGGUAGUGGAAAGAUAAAUCUUAAAGACGUAUUUUAA